UGUCGCGUGGGCCCGCAGAGAAAGCCCUCACUUUCAACGGACCCCCCAGUAAACCAGCCGUGUUCCCCUGUCUGCAGGUGGUCGACUUCAGCAAUUCAGCACCUGUUCUGAUCCAGGCAACAGAGAGCUCUUCUGUAGCCUAGCCAUUCAGCGAUGGGAUCCAACAGUCAUCACCAAGGAACGUGGUCUCUGAUUGGGUCAUUUGCACGCUCAAGAUCCUGCAGCCAAGCCCGGUGUGUGUGGCGCUUGCAGCGCCCUGGUGCAGAGCAGCGCCCAGGAUGCGCUCUCAGGCUCGACAAGCCAUCCCUCAAUCCACAAGGACAUUGGACAAGGUCCAUGGAUCUUGUACUGUACAUACUGCAUUUUACACCAAGCAAAGUGGAUCCCUUAUCGCGCGACAUAUGUAUGGAAGCUACCAUAGAUGCUGCGCGACGUAGGUACUUCAUCCAUUUCAAUCACCUCCGUUGCCUACGGUCCAGAGAAUCACGGCUGAUGUGCCUCCUUUCUGAGGGGUUCCGGUCUGCAAAUACUCGCACUGUAACCGGAGUUCUUCCUACUCUGAGGAUUGGCGGCCUUCGCACGUAUGGGACGAACCUGCCUGUGUUUAUCCGUGGCUGGCAACUUUCUUUCUAGUGUACGAAUUGGUCUCUGAUUCAUGCACUUCCAGCGAAAUUGUUCAGGCGACCACCACUGAAAGGCACGCAAAUCCUUUCUCUUUCUCAAAAGGCUGAUAGGCUAGUCGGAGUGUGACUCACUGCUCAUUCCUGCAGGUGCAGAGUUGAUCAUGGAUCCAAGCGAAAUGAGCCCGGCUGAAGGGUCUGUGGUCAUUGGUAGCUGCAGAUCGCAUCACUUCUACUCUGUUCUGUUUACUAGGUUUGAUUUGAAGAUUAACAGACCUUGUUG